UUUUAGUGUUCUUCUACCUCAAACCUUUAUUUUUAUUCAGCGAAGUAUCCACAUUUACUCCCCACCCGUCACCUGAGAUUCUGAGAACACAGAAUCGUUACAUUUCUAUGCUCCAAUUUUCCUCUAUUCUCAAUGCUUGUAAGAGCCUUCGAACUCUCAAGCAAGUCCAUGCAUCCUUAACCGUUUCAUACGGCCGUAGUCUCAGUGCUGUUAUUAUUUCCAAGUUGACGCCUUUAUAUGUAAAGUUUGAUGAUAUUCACAACUCUGUUUCGCUUCUCAGUUCUUUACAAAAGCCUUGUACAUAUCACUGGAACUGGUUGUUAAAGGCCUGUGUUGAUUUGGGACUGGCUGAAUCUGCGUUUUAUGUUUACAAUCAAAUGAGAGAAAAGGGUGUCUUGCAUGAUAGUUAUACGUUUCCAAUAAUAAACAGGGCCGUAGCGUUGAGUUUUGGUAAUUAUCGGUAUGGGAAAUUGAUUCAUUGUUUGGCUUUUAAAAUGGGUUUUGAUUUGGAUGUUUAUUUCUGCAAUACAUUGAUUGAGAGUUAUACAAAGAGUGGGGGGCUUGUUGACGCUUUUCAGGUGUUUGAAGAAAUGCCUCAAAGAGAUUUGGUUUCUUGGACUUCGAUGAUUUCUGGGUUUGUUUCUGAAGGUGAUGGUGUUGAAGCAUUUAGAUUGUUCAGAGAGAUGCAGAAAGAGAUCCACCCCAAUUCAGUGACGAUAAUAGUGGUUUUGAAAUCUUGCUUAAGGUUUGUUGAAUUUAUACAGGUUCAUUGUUGUGUUAUAAAAAAUGGACUCUUGAUUGACCUGUCUAUUAAGAAUUCCGUUUUGAAGAAUUAUUCUAGUUUUUUUAGUGUCAAUGAAGCAGACGCUCUUUUUGGUGAAAUUGAGAGCCCAGAUGUUGUUGCUUGGAACAUUAUGAUUUCCUUGUAUUCCUCUAGAGGAGAGAUUGUGAGAAUGAUAGAUUGUUUUCAUAAAAUGUUGGCUGAAGUGGAACCCAGCAUUGAGACUUUAACUACAAUGAUUUCUGGGCUUGCAAAUGGUGGGAAUCUUUCCCAAGGUUGUGAAAUACAUUGUUUUUCUCUAAAAAGUGGACUCAUGGAUGGUAUCUUGAAAAGUUCUUUGUUGAAUUUUUAUGCCAAGUGUUGUGAGUUGGAGAGAUCAAUUAAGUUAUUCAAUGAGAUAACUUGCAAAAACUGUAUAGUUUGGAGUGCUAUGAUGACUGGUUUCAUAGAAAAUGGGCAUUUUGAAGAGGCUGUUGAAUUAUUUCUGAAAAUUUUAGUUGCUGGAGACAAACCUGUUUAUGAAAACCUAGAGAACCUUGUUAUUGCUUAUACUAGCAUGGGUGCUUUGCAACUGGGCAAAGGAGUUCAUGGAUACCUUGUGCGGAAUUUGUUUUAUACAUUUGAUGGGGGCAAUUCUCUAAUGACCUCAAUCUUGAACAUGUAUAUAAAAUGUGGAAACAUCUCCACUGCAAGAACUUGUUUUGAUAGAAUGGUAUCAAGAGAUGUUAUAAUGUGGACAUCAAUGAUAGAUGGCUAUGGAACCCAUGGACUUGGUUCUGAAGCUCUGCGUUUGUUCCAUGACAUGGUAGAGGAAGGAACUAAUCCGAAUAGUAUAACUUUUUUAAGUUUAUUGUCUGCUUGUAGUCACUCUGGCCUUUUGACAGAAGGUUGUGAAAUCCUUCACUCUAUGAGAACAAGGUUCAAUGUUGAACCUGAUUUGAAUCAUUACACUUGCAUUGCUGAUCUACUGGGUCGGUCAGGCAAGGUCAAAGAGGCCUUAACCAUGAUAUUGAAACUGAUAGUUUUACCGGACAGCAAGAUCUGGGGGGCUCUCCUUUCUGCUUCCCAAGUACAUAACUAUCAGAAAGUUGCAGAAUAUGCUUGUCGCAGACUCAUGGAAAUGGAUCCUGAUAAUGCUGGUUACUACACUCUGUAUAGCAAUGUUCAAGCUAGUGCUGAAAGGUGGGAUGAAGUUGAAGACAUAAGAAGUGCUAUGAAAGAGAAGUUUUUAGUAAAGAAGCCAGGGUGGAGCUGCAUAGAAGCUGGAGGAUUGCUCCAUGGUUUUGUUUCAGUCAUCCAAUGGAGUUCUAGCAUCUAGCAUAAGCUCCACAUAUAUGCUGCAUCUCCUGGGUUUUCUUGUAACUAUAGAUCCACCAUGCAGGCUGACAUUCUAUGAUUAAGAGUCACUAGUUUUAACAUGCUGCUGACUGCAGGUACUGAUUAUGAAAAUCAUCAGACACAAUCUAUUUGCAAGAUCGAGUUUGCCGUUAUUGGAGAUUGAUGGGUGUUGAAGAGAAACAAAUGAGUAAUAUAAUGGACAUGAGUGCUUUCCUGGGUGGAUUUGCAGUUUCUUUGAACACAUGAUCAUCUAGGUGAUGAUUGUAGACUGUAGUUCCUAUAUGCAUGAACAAUACCCUGUCUGCCAUUUAUGACUAUGAACCGAUAUGCACCUUUCAUAAAAGGUGUGUGCCAAUUUCAACAUAUCCAUGGUCGCGUGAGCUUUUGAAUUCCAACUAUCUAUAUUCUCACUAUAGAAAUUGUGAAGAAGGUUGUUUGCUUGAACUCUUGAAGAUCUCAUAGUGGAGGCUGACAUAUUCGACGACUUCUGCGUGAGGGCUUUCAAAACAAGUAGAAAAACAAUAUACCAUUAUCGGUUCAGCAGCUCGAAGUUGAUCUCAAUAAAAUGUCAGGAUUGGCAUGCUAUGAUAAUUGAAUUACUAAAAUACCACAUUAACAUUGACUUAAUGAGCUUUGCCCACACACCUGUGUCCAACAACUUAAGAUUGUUGACUGCUAUGCAGGGUUUGAUUAUUCAAGAUGAAGAACUCAUCAUAUCUAGAAUAAGAGAUCUCGCUCCAUAGUUUCAUGGGGAUGUAUGCCCUGUUUCAUUUUCCAGAAGAUGAUUGAAGGAAAACUGAACCAGUCUUUGAAAGUUUAUUGUCCCACCAGAUAUCAACUGUUUGGUUGAUUAUUCGGUAAUCAAAUUUUCUUUCUCCUGUAUUUGCAGAUGUCUAUAUAUGUUAUAUCUUUCUAGCCAAUUUAUCCCUCAGUAUCAAACUAUCAAUCUGUGAGUGAUAUAGAAUCUGUUGUUUCUGAGAGAAGAAUAGACAGCUAAAUUUUUGUCCUCAUAAUUUUGAAACAAAUUUGUAAUAUAUAAUAAUUUCUUCAUCCUAUAAAGAAUACAAAAUUCAUGUCAUUUCACACUACCAUGAAAUUGGAACUUUGAAAUUGUUUCAUAUUGAUGUGUGUGUGUUUUUGUCUGUAGUUCUUUGCUACAGAAGAGAGGCUAAAAAUGAAAAUUGUAGUGAAAGGUCUGUAGGGUUUCUUCAAUCAAUCAAAAUGGGGGAGCAAUUUGAAAACUUGGGAAAAUCAUGGUACAAUCAUGUAUGCCUGUUUUGUCUGUAAUUGACAAGUUUCUCUUUCAACAUCUAUCACUGUUCACUAAUCCUGAAUUUUCUUCUCCUAAUUGACAACUUUUCUCUUUCAUAUAACAUCUAUCACUAUAUAUAUAUAUAUAAUGAUCUUGAAUUUUUCUUAGUUUUUUUCUCUUACAUUUUUAUUUUUCUCUUCAACUGAUCUGUGUUAUCUUAUCCCCUUUGCCAGCUAUAUUCUUUCUCCCUAUCAACCCUCAUAAGAUUCUCUCUCCUUUGUUUUUCUGUAUGUGUUAGUUUCUGGAAUUCUGGGUUGGAAAGGUAAAUCUGAUCUGAUAGAAUUAUUCCAAUGCCACAGAAAACAGUAGUGUAAUCUCUGGGCUCAGAGCACUGCUGAUCUUCUACUACUACUACCACUCACAAAGUCACAAGAUCCCUUCAAUGAAAUGUCCAUUCCUCCUUUCAUUGAAGUUGGAGCUGGAAAGACUGUAACCCAAGAACACUUGAGUCGCACUUGAUUUAUAUCCAUGCAUGAUUUAUAAUAUCUAAUAGUUGUUAUUCAA